CAUGGUGAUAUUAUCGCAGACUUGGAGCCCUCUAAAGCAGACUGGUCGAGUUCGUGCAUCAGACAACAGAACAGUGACGAGACUGGAGAUCCUUCUGAACCAUGAGAGCAAAGUUGGAAGUGUUGGCUUUGGUCCUGGGCAGCAUCGCCUUGAUUGGGACCAUAGUGGCCACUGCCCUUCCCACAUGGAAGGUCUCGGCCUUCAUCGGUGCCAACCUCAUCGUGAUGGAGGACCGCUGGGAGGGCUUAUGGAUGAACUGCUACAAACAAAUCGACAAGAUGCAGUGCAAGGCGUACGACUCCCUGCUAAUUCUCCCACCUGAGCUACAGGCGUCAAGGGGGCUCAUGUGCGUCUCCAUAAUCCUGGUUGCCAUCGCUUUGUCCAUCAUGGCAUGUGGAACCAAGAAGAGCAGCUGCUGUGAGGACAACGUAAAGGGCAAAAACAUCACCCUGGCAUUAGCGGGGAGUUUGUUUCUGCUGUCUUGCUUGACCACACUUAUCCCCGUGAGCUGGGUGGGCCACACCGUCAUCAGAAACUUCAAUAACCCAACACUGGUGGAUGCUCAGAAACAUGAACUGGGGUCUGCUCUCUAUAUUGGGUGGGCCACGUCCGCAAUCUUGCUCAUCACUGGGAUCAUUCUUUUGGUCAGUUUCAGCCACCGUAGGACGAAGGAGGAAGAGCCCUACACUAAAGCCUACAUCUUGGCAGCGAGGAACGUACCGAAGGAGGAGAGUGUGAACUUAGAGAGGACGCCGUCCAGCUUCCACAAGCAUCAGGAAUAUGUGUAAACAGCUGUAAUGUGCUAUGCCUCGUGUCAAAAAUGUAUAUUGUUUUACUGUCCAUGUACAAUGACUUCAUUACUAUGGCUGCUGAUUUACAUAAAAAAUGCACUUUUGGUUAUUUAUGAACUAUAUAUAGCCCAUGUCUCUUGUUUGCAGCUUUCUGUCUUUGGUAUUAAGAUCUAUCUAUUUUUAAUUUUUUCUGAUUCUGCAUUCUGUCUCUAAAAACUAUGACUCAGUUGCUAAACCAUCAACCAUAAAUUUUAAUUGCUUGUCCUUGAUCUUUUUUAAUUUUAUAAUGAAUCACAGGAAAUACUGCUGUGCUUGUAUUUUUCUGCAAAUUUGAUUUAUGUAUGUAUCUCCUCUUUUUAUUAAGAUGUGUCUUGUAUCAAAACUUGUAUAGCUAAUAUAUGGAAAUAACUGGUUACAUGUUACUGCAUCGCAUAAUUAGAUUGUAAUAUAAAUUAAAUUGAUUCUGUUAGAGUUCCUGUGAAAAAAACAUAUUUAUACAUACUAAUCAACAUUUGCUAAUACCAUUAAUCCAAAUGCACUAUUUUUGGUACACAGCUUGUAUUUAGAAA